AUGUCUACGGACGAGAAACACACCGCGGAACCCGCCGCGGCGCCAGCCACUACCACGGCCGGCGACGCCGCCCCCGCAACCGCCGAUACCCUCACCCCCACCCCCCGUCCCUCCGGCUGGAUGUACCGCGGCUUCAGAAUCCGUCGUAAGGAGCUCUGGUACGCUUCCCCGCGCAUCCAGCUCUUCAUGGUCUCGUUUAUUUGCUUCCUCUGCCCCGGCAUGUUCAACGCCCUCACCGGUCUUGGUGGCGGUGGCCAGGUCAACACUUCGGCCCAGACCAAGGCUAGUACCGCCCUCUACUCGACUUUCGCCGUUGUCGCCUUUUUCGCCGGUACCUUCGCUAACCGUCUCGGUCUUCGUUUGACCCUGAGCAUCGGUGGUCUCGGCUACUGUAUCUACGCCGCCUCCUUCCUCAGCUACUCGCACAACCAGAAUGAGGGCUUCGUCAUCUUCGCCGGUGCCUUCCUCGGUGUCUGCGCCGGUCUCUUGUGGACCGGCCAGGGCGCAAUCAUGAUGUCUUACCCCACCGAGAAAGAGAAGGGACGCUACAUCUCGUGGUUCUGGAUGAUUUUUAACCUCGGCGCCGUCAUUGGCGCCCUUAUCCCUCUCGGCGAGAACAUCCACAAGGUCUCGGGCAACGUCUCCGACGGCACCUACGUCGCCUUCCUUGUCCUCAUGCUCCUCGGCGCCAUACUUGCCCUGUUCAUGUGCGACGUGCCCAAGGUUGUCCGCGAGGACGGCUCAAAGGUCAUCAUGAUGAAGAACCCGUCUUGGCGAUCCGAGUUCAAGGGUCUCUGGGAGACGCUCUACAACGAGCCCUGGAUCAUCGCCCUCUUCCCGCUCUUCUUCACCUCCAACAUCUUCUACACCUACCAGACCAACAACAUGAACGCCGCCCAGUUCAAUGUGCGCACGAGAGCCCUCAACAAUGUGCUCUACUGGUCCUCCCAGAUCCUCGGUGCCCUCGUCUUCGGCUACGCCCUCGAUCUCAAGUCCGUCCGCCGCAGCGUCCGCGCAAAGAGCUCCUACGUCGCCCUCAUCGUCCUCACUUUCGUCAUCUGGGGCGGCGGCUACGCCUGGCAGAAGAAGCAGGCCACGCGUGAGGAGACCGCCGCCGAGGGCUUUGUCAAGGUCGACUGGACCGAUGGCGGCGAGAAGUACAUCGGCCCCAUGUUCCUGUACAUCUUCUUCGGCUUCUUCGACGCCGUCUGGCAGACUUGUAUUUACUGGUACAUGGGCGCCCUGUCCAACUCGUCCCGCAAGGCCGCCAACUUGGCCGGUUUCUACAAAGGAAUCCAAUCCGCCGGCGCCGCCGUUUUCUGGGCCCUCGACAGCGACGAGCAGCCUUUCAACGUCAUGUUCGGCGCCAGCUGGGGCUGCCUCGCCGGUGCCCUCAUCAUCGGCGCCCCCAUCAUCUUCUGGAAGAUCAAGGACACCGUCUCCCUCGAGGAGGACCUCAAGUUCACCGACGAGACGGUCGAGGACGUCGUUGCCCCCGGCACCAUCGACACCAAGCCCACCAAGGAGGAGGCUUAA